UCCUGUGACUUCUGUUACCGGCGCAAGAUCAAGUGCGAUAGGCGGAAGCCUUGCUGCUCACAUUGCAUCACGUACAAUAUAGAUUGUACUUUUACAGCACCCAGCCGCAAGGCUAGGCCGAAGAAACGACGGAAUUGUUCAAACAUCGAGGGUGCCAACAAUAUACAAGGUCAUAUGCGACAACUGGAAGCUAUGAUGCAGCAGCUCACUGACGAUUUAGAAGUUGCUGAGGAGGGGACUGGUGUUCAGGCUCUACCUCAAUCCGAGCGGGGGACUGAGACCACCACAACAACGCUGUCAGCGAUAAUACCAAGCGCAAACGGCAACAAUUCUACAAAAUCGAUGGCUCUUCCCCCUCGAGAACACGUUUUACCUAUCAUACAAAUCUACCUCAAGGAUUUCAAUGCAGUAUUACCCCUAUUUGAUGCCAAAGCUCUUCUGCAAUUGGUCCAUAAUUGUUAUAAUGUUGGACCCCUACAACGAGAUCCGGCGGCAUGGGCUGCCAUAAACGUUGUUUUAGCUCUCGCACAACGGCACACUCCUGUGAACAGUCAUAAUGUUCCCUCCUCGGCUGAGUGUAUCAAUAGAGCAGAAUCUGUACUCUCGACAGUUAUGCUGGGCGAUAUCCAGCUGCUCAACGUCCAGGUCUUGGUCGGCAUGGUGAUGCUACUCCAGGCCUCGCACGAUCUCCAGCCUUCGCUGAUCUUGAUUGCCACAGUGAUGCGUCUAGCGCAUGCGAUCGGUUUACAUGAUCGUACCUACUCGGCGCAUUUGGAUAUUGUCCAGGCAAGACAGCGCGCUCAUGUGUUCUGGCUGGCGUAUAUUCUCGACAAAGACCUUAGCUUGCGGACGAAACAGCCAUCGAUCCAGAUUGAUGAUGACAUAAAUCUUGAACUACCCUCGCCAACAGCUAUUGAACAUCAGAUUGGAGACUGGAGUGGUGCUAACGAUUCCGGCAUCGAGUCGGGUAUCAUCACCACCGCUGACGGAACCGCCAAGAUGAAUUACUUUGUAACUCGCAUCCAGCUGGCCGUAAUUGAAGGCGGCGUAUAUGAUUAUUUGUAUUCCACGCGCUCUCAAAAACGUAGUCCAAACGAGCGGUCCCAUGCGCUGCGGAGCGUAGCUUGUGCCCUUCAGCAGUGGAAAGCUUCCAUUCCGUCGGAAUUCAGCGCCUCUGCGGGAAUAAUGAGAGUGCCUUCGGGUAUGCUACAAUUCCUCGGAGCAUUGCACUCCACUACUCUAGCUUGUACAACGAUCAUAAACCAAGCCCAUGCAUGGGAUGCCGAGUGGGUGGCCAGUUUACGCAGGUAUGGUAGACAAGGUAUAGUACCACGGCUGCCACCACAAUGGGAGGCAGUGGUAGAUGAGGCGCGGUGCACUUAUAUGACAGCUAUGGUGAUCUUAACAGCCAAUAGCAUGCAUAAGCCGCAACACAAUAACCUAGCAUUAGAUAGCCAACUCAUUGAAGUUGGUUUGCAAACAGUUGAUCAGAUGGUGCAGGAGACAGGGAAUGAAAUGUUAAAGUCCUUUCGGGCUACUUGUGCUGAGCUGCAUCAGCACACUCAACGACGAUGCGUCGAGGCAGCCAUAAGAGCGAACACCGUCGAAUAUUCAUCGUCAUUUCUUGCCACACAAAACGAAUCAGAGGGAAGUGGCCAUAUUUAG